CAACUCUCGGUGAAGGAGUUUUACCUGAAGAUCAUUCCUUGGCGUCUCUUCACUUUCCGGGUGUGUCCUGGCACCAAGUUCCUCUACCUGCCCCCGGACCCCCUGCACGGUCUUCUCUCCUUACAAGUGGAUGAUGGGCUACAGCCCCCCAUAGAGAUCAGCUGCAAGGACCGAAACAUCAUGGCUGCCACCUUCACCCGCUUUCUGCACCUGAACAUUGGGGGGUCCGAGACCUUCCAGGAUAAAGUCAGUUUCUUCCAGAAGGAGCUUAAGCUGAUUCACUGUAAGAAGAACCGCAGCAAGAUCACCCUGAGGGUCAGCCGCCACUCACUGCUGGAGAGUUCACUUCGAGCAACAAGAAACUUCUCUUCCUCAGACUGGAGCAAAAGCUUUGAGGUGAUAUUUCAGGAUGAGGAAGCUCUGGACUGGGGUGGCCCGCGCCGGGAGUGGUUCGAGUUGAUCUGUAAACUUCUCUUUGAUACCAACAACAGACUGUUCACGAGAUUUAGUGACACAAGUCAAGGCCUGGUUCACCCUAACCCCUGCCGCCCCCCUGGGAUCCGCCUGAAGUUGUACGAGUUUGCCGGUCGGGUGGUCGGUAAGUGUCUGUUUGAGUCGUCUCAGGGCGGAGGGUACGAGCAGCUGGUGAGGGCGCGAUUCACCCGAUCCUUCCUGGCGCAGAUCAUCGGCCUCCGUAUGCACUAUAAGUACUUUGAGACAGACGACCCGGAUUUUUUCCAGUCAAAGGUUCUCUACAUUUUAACCCAUGACGUUUGUGAAGCCGACCUGGUGUUUGCUGAGGAGAAGUAUGGACGUGGGGGUCAGCUGGAGAAGAUGGUGGAGCUGGUCCCCGGGGGCGCUCAGGUUCCCGUCACUAAUGACAAUAAGAUUUAUUACCUGAACCUCCUGGCGCAGCACCGCCUGUGUAAUCAGGUGCGGGAGGAGGUGGAGCAUUUCCUGAAAGGACUGAAUGAACUUAUACCUGAUAAUCUGCUGGGAAUAUUCGAUGAGAAUGAACUAGAGGUAAGGAUCCAGCCCGGCAUCACAUGGUAUGGUAAGCCCCUCCCCUCUGAGAGCAUGGACCAGCCCGGCAUCACAUGUAUGGUAAGCCCCUCCCCUCUGAGAGCAUGGACCAGCCCGGCAUCACAUGGUAUGGUAAGCCCCUCCCCUCUGAGAGCAUGGACCAGCCCGGCAUCACAUGUAUG